UUGAGCACUGGUGAAGUAAAGGACGGAUCGAUGAGGAGGAGGCAGGACAGUCCACGGAGGUCCACGGAGGAGGGACGAGGCUCUGCACGGCAGAUCAAAUAUGAAAUAAAGAAAUAAUGAAAUAUGACGAGUUCACACCGCCUGUCGGAGAGACGCCUGGCAUGUAUUAGCUGUUUCCCUCCAUUUCCGCUGCAGGACGACCUGUCAGGUGCUACGUGCGUCUCGGUCCACAUCAGGAGCGGCGCGCGGUGUUGCGUCUCGGAGGAAAUGCCAUCUCACCUAAGUGAUCUUCCCUCUCCACGCGGAUUUAAUGUCCCCCUCCCCUCAUCCUCCCCCCCAGCAGGUCGGAUCGCCCCGCUUUGUGUUUCCGCGGCCUCUGAUUGAAUGGCUGUCAUGACUUGUGCCCUCAGGACCGUAAAACUGCGAAAGCAGAGUGAAAAUCCCUCGUUUGGUGUUUAUGUCCUUUCAACCUUCCAGUAACUACAUCCGCUAAUUAGACAGGGAAUCUCGGUCAAAAUCUCCCAAUGAACCGAUGGAAAGACCUUCAGUGUGUCGACAAAGGACAAAGAUUUUUGCUGACUGUGAAUUUAUUUAAACGUUGCCAUGGACUGAGGGACAGGGAGAUUUGAUAAUACUGUCUAACAAAGAGACCAAGAGAGAGAAAGAGAGUCUGGAGACAUGGUCAUCACUGAUAGAAAUACCAGCACCCCCGUACCUAAAAAGGAGCCCCAGAAGAAGACGAGGAGGAAGUCUCGGCCUCAUGGCCUGCCCUCUCCAGCUCUCUGCUGUGCCUGUGGCCUAUGCAUCAUGCUGGCUGGACUCAACAUCACCCUGGUGGGAGCGUUCGCCUUCAGCACACUGGUGCCUUCUGCCAAUCCCCCCAUCAUCAUCGGACCUAUUCUACUGCUGGUGGCCUUCUCUUUCUUCGGGGCCUGUUGUGUGUGCAGCCGCCUCCCCCCUCCCCACAGCUCACGGAGGUCAAAAGGGGGCGGCAGGGGCGCGGGGUUGAUGGGACAUGGCGGGCUGGCUGGUGGGGCAGCGUUUGAAAUAGAGACCAGCGAGCACACGCUGCAAGAUACCACAGCUGUGCAGCUCAGCCCCACAUCCUCUCCUGGAUCGUCCCAGGCAUCCAGCCCGGAAAAGGAGGCUCCCGACCUACCUGGGCCCUGCAAGCUUUUCACCAUGAUGGAGAGUAACGGCCCGUCUUCUGCUUCUGCCACGGCAGUCUAUUCAGCCUCCAUGGCAGCAGGAGGGGAGGUGAGGCUCAACCUGCCACGUGAAGAAGUGGUCACCUAGCAGCACAGAAACUCUUCCAAGGCCGGAGUACUAGCAGUGUAAAUAUCCUUCGGGGCUGAGGGCUUGCUGAGUGUGAUUGUGUCCUCUAGUUCACUUAGUGCCAUAUUUUCUGGUCGUGACAAGUUAACAGUAUGCUUUUGAUUUUCUGUGAUUUGUGCAGCCAAGUGGUAAUGAGCAUGCAAAGAUAAUGAAACAUCCCAGUAUUUGUGGAUCAUAGGUUUUGGAAUUCAAAUUCCUACCUCUCCUGUGCUGUUUUCCUACAAGUCUCUGUUCUUAACGGUGGGCAUUACGAAGAGUUCUCAUGUAGAAAUCAAACUAAGUGUCUGAAACCAUAAACUUUUAUCUUGUUACUGUUACUGCAGUUUGUGGGAACCUCAGCUGUCAGCAGUGGUUUGUGAGGACUUUGUUCUUAAAAGAAUAGAUGUGAAAGGUCGUUAGUGAACUGUGCGGGUACAUUUGUAGUGACAUUUGGCAUUUUGUGUGCCAUUCUCAGUGCUGAACUUGUUUUGGGGGCAUAAAAUAUUAGAGGUCAGAGCGGUCCCAAAGCAAUAUUCCCUCACCUGAGAUCAAAUUCUUUACAUUUACAGUCCGCAAGUAAGUGAUUACACACUACUUGUCUACAGCCAAUAUGUUGUAAUGAACAACGGUGCAUAUAUAACAGUGUGUUACAGUAUAUUUACAAGCAAAUGUGUACAGUGUUGGAUUGUGGUAGCAUAAUUCACAUAGUUUGACUUUGUCAUCACAUUGACAGUAACACUGUGAACAUGAUGUUUCUCGCCACAUUCACUGAAGGUAUCACAGUUUUAAGGUCAUGUACGUAUUAAUGAUUAUAUUUUCGGCGAUUUAUAUACAGCGUAAUGCAGUUUAGCUCAUGAUCCAGGUGGAAGUGGGACAUGCCUCAAUCUAAGGUAUAAAAAAAUGUGAUGAUUUUGUCAUGGUGAAUUUCAGUUUAUUGAAUUUGAGUUCAUGUUUUUGCAAAUGUGAACAUCUGAAUUUCACGAUACUGAAUCCUUGUUUUGAUAUCUGAAAACUUUAACUUCAUAUUCAGCAGAAGUUAACCUCAGCUGGACGUAGUAUGCACAAAAAGGACAAGCCAAGAAGUCUGACAGAGUUUAGAUAUUCAGAUUGUGUAAACAAAGUAUCUGCUCCCCAUCACUGUGAUGUCUUCUUGUCAGUUAUGAACUUAACUGGUUAAACAAGACAUUCAAACCCCGAUUUCCUUUGAAAAGGAAAGUUGCCUUAGACUGAGAUAUCAGGAUACAAAUAAUGAGGGCUAUAAUAGAAGUGCACAAUAGCAUUUUUCUUCAGAAAGCCAUUGUUUGGCUCUGGAUUUCUAUUCCAUAUUGAUGGGAAAGCUUCACCAAGUUUUUUGCUUUUGUGGAUGUAACAAAUGCAUGCAAAUGGCUUAAAUGUUCCAUCUCAGAAGUUUAUAUGGAGUAGCGGGACAGUGAAUAUCUGGAGACAGGUACACAGACCAGUAUCCAGAGCGUUUUCCUUACAAAGUAUGAACGUUUGUUAUUUGUGAUACAACUCCUCAAAGGGACCAGUGUUUUGGUCAAAGCUCUCUCUCGUGCCAAGUUAGAGUGUUGAGCUUAUUUUUGCAUGUUCAGAGAACUGACUCAUGGAAAUGAGAAAAACACCCUGUUGUGAAGUAUUGGUGUUAUCUGUGUAUUUUCAUUUGUGUAGCAAUUAUAAAAAAAAAAUCUGGAAAAUGUAAAGGACAGAAUAUUUUUGUGAAAAGUAUAAUUUGUUUAUUUUAAAAGUAAACUAUCCAAAUGUGAAUCCUUCAAAAGAUACCAAUAAAAAGGCUCUUUCAGUAGAACAUGAGGUUGCUCAUUAUGCAUG